AUGGCGAGGUUCCAGUUGGUCCGGGUCAAAGUGAGCUGGACAGUACUUUUGGCUCUGGCCCACCUCACGUACCUGCUGGUUGGGGCCAUCAUCUUCCAGUUCUUGGAGCGAGAGGCUGAGAGCAACAACCGAAACCACUUCCAACUGGAGAAGCUGAACUUCUUGUCCAACUACACCUGCCUGGACCGGCCAGCCUUGGAGCAGUUUGUUCAGGUGAUUUUGGAUGCGUGGGAAAACGGAGUGAAUCCCUCCGGAAACUCAACAAACCCCAGCAACUGGGAUUUCUCUAGCUCCUUCUUCUUUGCAGGCACCGUAGUCACAACUAUCGGCUAUGGCAACCUCUCCCCCAGCACUGUAUCUGGUCAGGUAUUUUGCGUGUUUUACGCUUUGUGUGGGAUCCCACUGAACCUGGCCUUCCUCAAACAGCUUGGGAAGUGUCUCACCAUCCACCUGGGUCGGCUGGAAAAGGGAAUGGUCUCAGUUGUUCCAUUCAGGCAAACGGUUGAGGCCCUGUCAGUGAGCUUGUUCUUCAUCACAGGCAGCCUGCUGUUUUUGGUCGUCCCUCCUCUGCUGUUCAGUUACGUGGAAGGCUGGACGUUUGGCGAGGGCUUCUAUUUCGCCUUCAUUACACUCAGUACCAUUGGUUUUGGAGAUUAUGUGGUGGGGACUGACCCAGGCAAGGAGUACAUCUCUCUGUACCGCAGCCUCGCGGGGAUAUGGAUCAUCUUCGCCUUGGCUUGGCUUGCUCUUAUCCUCAACAUGGGCACCAGAAUAAUGGAGCACGUGAUUGGCCUGACUCACCCAGGCUUUAAGAAACAGGAGGAAGAAGACGUGUCGUCCAGUAAACUAGAAGAUAUGUCAAAGAUCUGA